AUGGCUACCCCGAAGAAGCAGCUGCACCUCACAGCGUUUAUGCGCCCAGUCUCGCUCCAUACAGGAGCAUGGCGCUACCCCGGUGCUGUUCCCAAUGCCAACUUUUCUCUCCCGCAUCUCAAGUCCUUCAUUCAAAAGCUCGAAGCUGCCAAGUUCGAUGCCUUCUUCAUGGCCGACCACCUAGCAGUCUUGAACAUGCCCAUCGAGGCCCUCCAGCGAUCCCACACCGUCACCUCCUUUGAGCCAUUCACUCUUCUGUCCGCAUUGUCCGCUGUGACAGAGAAGAUCGGCCUCGCGGCCACAGCCUCGACUACAUACGACGAACCCUACCACGUCGCCCGCCGCUUCGCCAGCUUGGACCACCUCUCCUCGGGCAGAGCAGCCUGGAACAUCGUCACGACCGGCAAUCCGGAAUCUGCCAAGAAUUUUGGGUUGGAUGAGCACGUGGAGCAUUCUGAGCGGUACAAGCGAGCCAGGGAGUUUUACGAGGUUGUCACUGGGCUGUGGGAUAGUUUCGCGGACGACGCGUUCGCCUCUCGGAGUCAGGAGUCCGGGAUCUACUUUGAUCCUUCCAAGCUUCACGUACUCAACCACAAAGGGGAGAGUCUCAAAGUGAGGGGGCCUUUGAACAUUGCGAGACCGGUACAAGGGUGGCCAGUGAUUGUUCAGGCUGGGCAGUCAGAGCCGGGGAAACAGCUUGCCGCAGAGACGGCAGAGGUGGUGUUUUGUUCGCCGAGGGAUAUUCAAGGUGCGAAGGAAUUGUAUGAGGAUAUCAAGGGAAGGGCAGAGAAGUAUGGCAGGAAUAGGGACAGCUUGAGGAUCCUGCCGGCCGCCUUGGUGAUUGUUGGUGAUACGGUUCAGGAUGCCAAGGAGAAGAGGUUGAAGCUUGAUAGCCUGGUUCAUUAUGAUAGCGCGAUUGCCUCGCUGUCCGUUGCUCUUGGUAGCGAUGCUUCAGGGUUCGAUCCUGAUGGUCCACUGCCAGAUGAUAUUGCAGACACCAACGCCAGCAAGACUGGGAGAGCAGGGGUUAUCAAGCUCGCAAAGGAUGAAGGCCUGACAGUCAAGCAGCUUGCCCAAAGAUAUGGAGGGUAUGCGGGGCUGGCCUUUGUUGGUACACCCCAGAGCAUUGCUGACGAGAUGGAGGAAUGGCUGUCACAAGGGGCCGCAGAUGGUUUUACUGUCACUUUCCCUUUUGUCCCCCAGGGAAUAGAUGAUGUCACGCAGAGACUGGUUCCUGAACUUCAGAGACGGGGCUUGUUCAGAACUGAGUAUGAGGGGAGUACUUUGAGGGAGCACCUUGGACUGUCCAGGCCGAACAAUCGUUUCUUUACCUGA